AUGUCGUCCGCCAAAGAACGGAAGCUCAAUUCCACUGACAAAGCCAUUCUUUCUAUGUGCGACAUCAAAAUCUGCGAUUACAGGUCAGGGCGUAUCGAGUUUGAAAAGACGCUAGAAGAGAUCGAGUCACACAUUCGCCCUGGCGAGGCUCUACAUGCCGUGAAACCGAUGGAAAAACCGCCCCACAUGACCGUAGUCCCGCACUAUUACCAACUCAAGGGCGCAGCUCAGAUUGACUUUGCGUGUCGAUCUAUCUUUCGUGGCACCUUGGUCGGUGAUGGAAGGGGUCUGGGAAAGACGCUGCAAGCCGUUCUCAGCAUGUGGAACCAACGAGAUGAGCCUGGCCUGUCGGCGCAAUUGCUCAAUUAA